AUGAAGUAUUUAUAUUCCAGGUGGGUUCGAUUCCUCGCUAAGGGAGUUGGGAUUAUUGGCGGUUUCUUCGCGAUCUUUUUUGGUGCUCUUGGUCUUCUAUCUUUGUCGGCUAACUGCAUAACAGCCUCAUUACUUCAAAUGGUAUUUGGUUUCCUGACGGUUGCGUUAGAAGCUCCGUUCUGUUGCAUGUUCGUAGAUUUCAUCGAGAAGAUCGCUCAGUUCAGUGAGUCGCGAAAACAUUGGCAUAAAGCGACACUUUUUGGAAUAAUGGGUAUAAUACCUAUCAUCAUGUGCUUUGAACUCAACAAAUUUCUCGGUUCGGGAAUGAUCUUUACCUGUGGGACUAUUUAUGGAUUUAUGGCGCUUGGCAAGAAGGCUGAUCGUAGCACAAUGAUGGCUGCGGGGGAUCCAGCCUGGAGCCCACAAGUAAAUCAGCCCUCAGUGUCGUAG